GAGAAUCAGUGUUAGAGUGAGCAUUGAACUACAAUCAAUUUCUAAUCCAGUUCACAGAAAGGAUUUAGUUAUUCGUCUGACAGAUGAUACAGAUCCAUUUUUUUUGUAUAACCUUGUUAUAUCUGAGGAAGAUUUUCAAAGUUUAAAAUUCCAGCAAGGUCUUCUGGUAGACUUCCUAGCUUUCCCACAAAAAUUUAUAGAUCUCCUUCAGCAGUGUGCUCAAGAGCAUACCAAAGAAAUCCCAAGGUUUUUGCUGCAGUUAGUUUCUCCAGCGGCUGUUCUGGAUAACUCACCCGCAUUUUUAAAUGUGGUGGAGACAAACCCUUUUAAGCAUCUUAUACAUCUCUCACUAAAACUUUUACCUGGAAAUGAUGUGGAGAUAAAGAAAUUUCUAGCAGGCUGUUUGAAAUGUACCAAGGAAGAAAAAUUAUUAUUGACACAAUCGCUAGAUGAUGUUACCAGACAGCUGAACCUUACGAAAAAGACGUUAUCGGAAAAAGUUCAAGAAUUAGAUAAGCUCCGGAAUGAAUGGGCAUCACACACGGCCUCACUGACAAGUAAGCAUUCUCAGGAACUGACAAAUGAGAGGGAAAAGGCAUUACAGGCACAGGUCCAGUACCAACAGCAGCAUGAGCAACAGAAAAAAGAUUUAGAGACCCUCCAUCAGCAAAACAUUCACCAGCUGCAGAGCAGACUGUCUGAGUUAGAAGCAGCUAAUAAAGACCUCACUGAGAGGAGAUACAAAGGAGACUCCGCUACUAGAGAACUGAAAGCAAAGCUCUCUGGUGUUGAAGAGGAGCUACAGCGUACUAAGCAAGAAGUCCUUUCUUUGCGAAGAGAGAAUUGUACACUAGAUGCUGAAUGUCAUGAGAAAGAAAAGCAUAUUAAUCAGCUACAAACAAAAGUGGCAGUUUUAGAACAAGAAAUUAAGGAUAAAGACCAGCUUGUUGUGAGAACAAAAGAAGCAUUUGAUACAAUCCAGGAACAAAAGGUGGCAUUAGAAGAGAAUGGUGAGAAAAAUCAGGUUCAACUGGGAAAACUUGAAGCCACAAUAAAAUCAUUAUCAGCAGAACUUCUGAAGGCAAAUGAAAUUAUCAAAAAGUUGCAAGGGGAUCUGAAAACUGUGAUGGGUAAGUUGAAAUUGAAGAAUACAGUUACUAUUCAGCAAGAAAAACUGUUGGCUGAGAAGGAGGAAAAGUUACAAAAGGAGCAAAAGGAAUUACAGGACAUUGGACAGUCUCUCCGAGCUAAAGAGCAAGAGGUAUGCAGAUUACAAGAACAGUUAGAAGCCACAGUUCAAAAACUUGAAGAAAGUAAACAACUUCUAAAAAACAAUGAGAAGUUAAUCACGUGGUUAAAUAAAGAAUUAAAUGAAAAUCAGCUUGUGAGAAAGCAAGAUGUAUUGGGGCCUUCCCCCACUCCGCCUGCACAUUCCAGCAGCAACGCGGUCAGAAGUGGAAUUUCUCCUAACCUGAAUAUGAUUGAUAACAGACUUGCUUACCCCAGCUGUGGGAUUGGCUAUCCCGUCUCCUCUGCAUUUGCAUUCCAAAAUACCUUUUCUCACCCGGUACCUACCAAAAAUGCCAUCCACCCAGUUUCAGCACCAAAGGUUCAGUUUAACUUGCAGUUUACAAAACCAAGUACAUCACUAGGGGAGACUCACUCGGGAGCAGCAGCAGUUCCAUGCUCAACUGACAAGGAGAAUGGUGAAAAUUCAGGGCUGGAAUCCAAAUAUUUGAAGAAAAGAGAAGAUAGCAUUCCUUUGCGUGGGCUCAGCCAGAAUCUAUUUAGUAAUGCAGAGCAUCAGAAAGACGGCACUCUCGGAGCGUCGCAGGCCGCUUCCAAACCCACAGCGUUCCCGUCCGCGUCUUCGGCCUAUUUCCCCGGACAGCUGUCAAGCAGUUAGUUCGAGCUCUCUUUCAUGCAUUUACGGGCAUUAGAGACUCAGGGGGUUUAAAAAUCCUACGAGAAGGCCAAUCCUGGGCAGGCAAGUUUCGAGCAUUGCUCGAGCUACUGCGGCUAGAUUGGGCCCCUUACAGCACAGGUCACUGUACAGGAACAAGUGUGUACCUGGGAGCUGAGCAUCUGUGAUGAUUUCUGGGUCUCUGCGUCAGUAAUAUGAAUUUCACUAAGGAGUUAUCAGUCCUUACCAAGGAUGUUCUAAUCAUACUGAAAACCUGAGUAAACUGAAACCUGCUCAGAAAAUGGAAACCAAAGAGUGCUAAUAAUGCAUUGUACCAGUUUCACGGGUACCGUCCAUUCAAGUUGCCACCUGACAAUUAUGAGGGGAAUGACUUGCCUCCUAAGAGUCUCCAGUUUUUGUUCUUCUAUUAAAGGGCAAAGUCCUAAUGCUACCUUAUGUGACUGAAGUUGAGUUAAACCUUCAUAGCAAGAAAUACAAGUACUUUCCUUGAAACAUUUAUGUUAGCUAUUGGGUCUGUUAACUUUUUAUAUACUUACACAAAUAAACUGGACACUGUUUAUAUGACCAGGUUAGGUGUAAAGUGUUUUAGUCAUGUGAGCGGAAGUUUGCAGGAUUUGAAUACUUCUUGAAUAGUUUACACUCAUCUAAUUUUUCUCAAUUUGGAACUUUAUGGUUUCAUCAUUUUAUAUCCAUGGAAUUUUGUUUUAAAAAUUGGAACUUUAUAGAAUCUUUAAUGUAAGAGUAUCAUGAGUAUUCAUUGUACUUGUUUUUAUACCAGUAUUUGGAUUCCUUUAAUGUGUACUUAAUAAAGUAAGGCAAAAGAACUAUUUCUUCUCUUCCCUAUUACUAAAAAUCUCAAUUAAAAACUGUUCCUUGAGACAAAAUGCUUGUAUUCAUCCAGAAUCAUAGGACCCCAUUUCACUUAUUCACACUCAGAAUACAGCAGCACUAUCUUUGAGAGCCCGCUCUAUCAAUUUUUGUUUGCAAAGUGCUAAUGCUUGUGAUCAUUUAAAAAUUAUUUUUAGAUACUUUACAAAGAUGAAGAAAAAGACGUUUCAAGGUGAUACACCAACAUUCCUUGAUUUAUGUUAAGACAAAGAAUCUUUGCUGUUUUUUGUUCUGUUUUUAAAUAGCGCUAUCUUCAGUCCUAUACUUUGAAACUGUUGGUAACAGCUAUCUACUAGGGGUCUAGUCACAAAAUUGAGUAACUAGUAUUACACACUGACUUUUCUCUCUUAAAUACACCAUACUAUAAGAAUAGUAACAAUAACUUGAAAGCAUGUAUUCCGGAAAGAAGUCUCUUGGCAACACGGGAACCUGCUUUGCUGUAAAUACACUGUAACAUGUAUAUGUAUUAUAUAUAUACAACACAGGGUUUGCAUGGAAUAUGUGACAUACUGCUAGCUUUAAAAAUUAUAUGCAUAGAGAUCCCUUUCCAUAUACACACAGAAAAUUCAAUUUUGAAGUUAUUGUAACGUCAACCUAUUAGAGAUUGUUUUGUAUUAAAUAUGUAUAUAUAGACUUCUGUGUGCUAAUUCUUUGCCCUACCUCUUAAAAUUUCAAUUGAAAUUGUUUUCCAGUGUGUAACUGUACAUGUGUUAAUAAUCAAAUGUCAUCUUUAACAUUAUUUCUGAGUUUUGUUAAUAAAGUUACUAAAAUACAUUGGGA